AUGGAUCCGGCGUCUCAGACCUCGUAUCAGUCUCAGCAACAAGAUUUCGACAUCGACGAAUUCAUCACACUGCAAUCUCAAUCCCAUCGGCAUGGAAAGAACGAUGUCGACCGUGCGAUGGCGGAUACGGUCCACGUGGAGCGACUAAACGAGAACUACUUCACCACACCAGCUCUUCUGCGUGAUCACACACUACAUCACAGGCACGAAACCCCGCCUCAGGGGGCUCCGCAAGACAUACCACAGUACUUUAGAGGUCAAGGUUCGCAGCCAACGACUCUCUCAACAUGGACAGACACUUCAACGAAGCCAACGCCAUCUUUGCAUCGAUGGAAUGAGCAUGUUUCUGCAGAAGACCCUUUGGCUGGACUUGGCCUGGAAGAGUUCAUGCCCGAAUAUACGACCAAGAUGGACUUCACCCAGGACAUUUCGGCAGACCUGACCAAGCUUGACCAGAAUGCGCUUCAGCAGACGCCUGAGACCGCACCCGGCUUGUCUCUUGGGAAUUCCGGGCCAGUCAUGUCAUCGGCGACGCCAGAACCCUUUCGCCGUGGAGGUCAAGACUCCUUCUUACCAGCGAUGGACCAUUAUUCCUCUGAUUCAUUGGACGGAGCGUUUUGCUAG